UGAUAAACACAGUCAGAGGAGCUCAGAGUUUAUUCUGCAGAAAACAAGACGACGUGUUCGCUACUGCUCACAUCGAUCCUGAGGACGCACGUUUGACUGCAACUUUAAUUCAAUGAAGAAACUUCGACGUCUCCACAGAAGCAAACCGCAGACAGACUCAACACCGGGAACAAGUAGCAGCUCAAACCCAGAUAUUUCUCUGGAGCUCGGUGGAGACUGAGUGUGGAUGAGGCGGCUGUUUUCUCACCUGUGAGCCGCUCUGCAUGAAACCACAGCUUCCUCCCGUGACGUCAGGUUCCAGUCAUGUUUCUGAUGUGGAUUUUCAUCCUGUCUGCUGCUCCAACUGCUCUUUGUGCAGCCUCCGUUUUCUGCCCGGACCCAGAGGCGAGUGACCAAACUGCAGAUUUCAUGAUUGAGUGUCUGGGCCUGCGCUUCACCUGGAUCCACUCGGUCUUCGAUAAUUUCCCCUCGCUGCUGAAUUUUGCCGUGAAACUUCACUGUGCGACGGGGCUUUGUCCGCACGACCUGGAAGAUUACGGCUGCUCCUGCAGACAUGCGGCGUCUGGAAACCCCGUGGAUCCUCUGGACGUCUGCUGCGAGACCCACAGACUGUGUUACCAGAACACUGCCCCCUGCAGGCAGGCGCUGCCGCUCCUCCCAAACAACAUCACCUGUCCAGCCUCAAACAGCAGCUGUGAUGAUGGUGAUUGGUGUCAGCAGAGGUUUUGUGAAUGUGACCUCGCCGCCAUCGACUGCAUGAGUCAGCGCUCGUACAACUCGACUCUGAGAGGCUUCGCUGAGUCGUCCUGCUCGGCCACAAAUCAAACAGAUGUUCUCGGUGUUACCGUGGACACGGACGAAGCGUUCGGAGGAGCAGAUCUUCAGUCUGCAGUGAACGACUCUCUGAGCUUCCAGAUCUACAACUCCUCGCUCCUGUCGGCAGAGAUGGACGUGUUAAUGACGAGCAGAGCGGACAACCAGAGUGACACCCCGGGGAUGGAUGGUGACCUCAUCACCUCACCACCGGGCCCGCCCCCUCUGCUGACCCCUGCUGAGGAGUUUGAGGAAAGUGAAGGUGGCGUCGAGGAGGAGACGACUCACCUGAGUUUCAUCUCUAAAGAUUUGAAUGAAACUGUGACAGAGGAAGCACUCGAGCGGGAAGAGAUAAAUGUGGAUCCUGCAUCCCACAAUCCUCCAGCAUCCAGCCUGG